UAUACUUUUCUAUUGUAGUUAAAAUAUGAUUUUUUACAGAUAAUGUCAGAAGUAUAAACUUUUUCAUUUAUAGUGUGUAUAUAAUUAAUCGAUAUCAUAAUAGAAAUCGUAAUUUUAAAGUAUGUAGUACUUAUAUUGUAUACACCCACUUCCUUUAAUACAAGCACAUUAAAAACAUGCUAAUUAUUCCAACGGAUGUUAUUUCUGAUAUUAAAAAAGUUUACUCAUAACACGGCUCACGAUAGUAAGUUAGUUGAGGUGAGCAUGUUGCCAGUAUUAAAAAAGAACUAGGUUAGCCAUGGAUAGUGUAGUUGUUUCGCAUCCUAAUCCUGCGGCGGACGCGGCGGGAAAAUGGCGGAAAUUGAAAAUAAACAUUUCAUCUGCGCUCCGGCACGCACUGCCCAAAUUGACAAUACAACCAAUUUGCCGCCGCGCACCGACCACUUUUGUAUGGGAAUUGAAAAAUAAUAUUACUCUUUUUUCUACCACUGCACGUGGGCAAUCUCAAAAAUAAACUAUGAUUCUUCAACUUCAAUGUUCCUCCGUUAUUUGGUUCGUGUUAUGGAAAAUAACCGAAAGCGCCGGUGGAAUAUGAUUUUAUAUCAAAAAAUCUUUCAUUGUUAAUUAAUUUUGUAUUUUACUUUCAUAUUACUAGGCGUAUAUUAUAAGUAAGUAAAAAGUUUUCACUGGCAAUUAUCAUGUUGUAACGGAAACGCUUACCCAUCGAUGGUAAAAUACGCAAUGAUCAUUACGUCGCCAUUAAUGUUCACAAUAAUUAGCUAAAGUGGCUACAAUGGUAACAGACGUCUCAUUAAGCGCGCGGGGUGUUAUCACAGUCGGCAGGAAGCACUCCGAUAGAGUGCCACUCAUUCAUUCAGUUUUAAAAACGAAUGCGUUUAGUUAACACGCGUCUCGAUCUCGGCUCACGUACGAACGUGGCCACAGAACGAUUCAUCACUAUACCAUAUUAAAUUAGCCAGUAAUUACAAUGUGAAGAAUGUUUUUGUUUUAAUUAGUACAAUUUAGUGUGCGUGCGAGAGGCGUACGCCGCAACAGGCGAGCGGCGGUAGUCCAGGUUUGGGUACCCAGAUGCUUGCCAUGGAGGUCGCUAAGGAGGCGCGCGCGUCGCCACUGCCCGCGUCUGCGCAGACCGGCACCUCCUCGCAGCCUGCUCAACCACCUCAACCACAGAUUUGUGCUGGAUGCAGCAAGGUGAUCACGGAGCGCUACUUACUGAAGGCUCUGGACCAGCUGUGGCACGAGGACUGCCUCAAGUGCGGCUGCUGCGACUGCCGGCUGGGAGAAGUUGGACACACCCUGUAUACGAGGGCCAACCUCAUCCUAUGCAAGAGGGACUAUUUGAGGCUGUUCGGCAACACUGGAUACUGCGCGGCUUGCAACAAAGUCAUUCCCGCGUUUGAGAUGGUGAUGCGUGCGCGCAGCAAUGUUUAUCACCUGGAGUGCUUCGCUUGCCAGCAGUGCAAUCAUAGGUUCUGCGUGGGCGACCGGUUCUACCUGUGCGACAACAAGAUCCUGUGCGAGUAUGACUACGAGGAGCGCCUCGUGUUCGCUAACAUGGCGUACAACCCGCCGCCGCUUGCGCACCUGAAGAGGCAGACCACGCAUCUACCACCACCACCGACAAGCAACGCAAUGAGCGGUUUGAUGAACGGCUCGAGCCGCUCCGGUGAUCUGAACAACAACAUGUCGGGCUCGUCGCCGGCUCCAUUCGCCGCCCCGCCGCACCUCAAGCCACUCGGCCUCUCGGCGUCCAGCUGAGAUUAUAGUGCGUGAGACGCGGCCCACCCCUACGCCAAGUAUCAAAACUAAUCACGCGUACUCCAAACAAUGAUUGAUACAAGUCAAACAGUUGCCGUUACAAACGAACUCUAAAGUGUUUAACGCAGCUCUUUAAAGACAGAACUUUUUAAAUUCAUCUUAUUAUGAACUUAACAUGUUUCUAAGUGUACGUAUAAACUAAAGCAAAGUAAAUGCCAAACUGUAGUUAAUGUUUCUGAUUGUUUAUGACAGCACGUAAUUAGCGUACAUUGUAUGUAAUUUUCUUGAAUAAAAUAUGAUAUUAUUAUGUUAUUAGAGUAAUGACUAUGCGAAGGAGAACUGUUUUAGUUUUUUCUCAGAAUUUGAUCUCAGAUGAGCAAUUAUGCUGAAUUAGAAUAUAGGUAAAGGAUCUAUGAAUCUCUUUUUUGUAUAAAUUUGUUAAAAGUUGCAAUAUCAUGUCUGUAUUUUUCUCUUAAACGUAUAAGUAAUAAUGAGUGAAGUUACUGUACGGAGGAGUGAUACAGUGCGAUUCUUAGGGCUGUGAAUAUUUUCAGCGGUUUAAAUGCGUUGUUACUAGGCGAUAUGGACGUUAUGGCGGCUCCACCGCACCGCUACGGUGAGCGGUGGGACGCCGCACGGACGCGCGUGUAAACCGCUGAAUGUGUAACCGACCUAACGCGAGAAUCCAACGAGCGCGGGUUUUAAGACUGCCGAAUUGUCGUCUUUGAUGGAUGAAUUGUAUUUUAGAGUAAACUAUCAGUGUUAAUGUAAAUAUUAUAACCAUCUAUAUGUACGUAUUAUAGUAGGUACAAUCGAUCGAGUCUCAAAUUAAUUA